GCCCACAGCAGAGUGGAUCAGUCGCCGAGCAGACGAGAUUCGCACAGCACCGUCGGGCGGAGCCAUCGGAGGAGUCACAGAGCACACACCGCACACCACACAUCGCACCACUCAUAGCACCACACGCACAAUGCAGGUCAAAUGCCUGAUCAUCUGCCUCGGCCUGGGCCUGCUCAUGCUGGGCACUGGUCCCGUGUGCGAGGCGCGGCGUGCCCGUGGUCGCGGACGCACCAAGUCUAGGGUCCAGAUCGGCCUGCCCAUCACGGGCAAGUACCGCGAUCCCGAGUCCGAUCAGUACUACAACAACAAUAACGGAGCCAAGAUCUUGCAGGCCUCACACUUUGAUCUGGAGUACGUGCUGGGCCACAAGAUCGCCUUCCUGUGCGUGGCCAAGGGCAAUCCGCGGCCACACAUCACCUGGUACAAGGACGGGGCCGAGAUCUACCAGCACCUCUACAUGCACGUCCACGAGUGGACCAUCGGCGAUGACAGGGUAAAGUCCAAGAUCGAAAUCGACCCGGCCACACAGAUGGACGCAGGCCUCUACGAGUGCACCGCCGACAACAUGUACUCCAUCGAUCGGCGCAGCUUCAAAACAGAUUUCUCCAUUGCCUUCGACUGAUCGACGGCCGGAACCGGCCGAAUCAGUUCGGGGCGUGGCUCCCUAGGCUUAAGCAAUAAAAUCGAUGCACAUAGCAUACAAGAUGUAAA